AUGCCGUCCAAUUCGCAAUCGCCGGGGUCCUCGGCACCAGAGGCACCCGCCACGUCUCCUGCGUCUCCUGCGCCGUCUACCACUACCGGCGCCAAUCCCAACAUCCUCACCACGGAGCUCUCGCCUCUUCUCAAGAAUGAGCCGAGCCGGACGGGGUUCGACCCUAGCAUAGGGUACUGGAUGAACAUCUUCCACUAUCUGUCAGGGUCCAUGACGCGCGAGGGCCAGUUCCACUUUCGCGAGCAUCUCUACCGCGAGAAUGAGAAGGAAGACUGCCGCCGCUGCGAGGAUUACCGCGACUGGCUGUUCGCCUCCUCACCCAUCGUUCGCUUCAUGCGCGAGAAAGUGGCGGACCUCAAUGGAGAUAUCGGCCCCUCCAACGUCUACUGCGUGAGGUGUCCUGCUCGUUUGACGACGGACGGCCAGGUCGUCAGGACAGGUGGCGGUUUCAACCCGUACUCGGGCAUCAAGAUUUGCGCCAACGAAAUCCGGGAUAGGAAGCACCUCGAAGACACAUUAACGCACGAAAUGGUCCACGCGUGGGACUUCUUGCGGUGGAAAAUGGACGGCGUUGGGAAUCUGAAGCAUGCGGCAUGUACAGAGAUUCGUGCAUCCAUGCUCAGCGGCGAGUGCAGAUGGGCUCGUGAGUUCUUCACAAGGGGCAACUGGAAGCUGACCCAGCAGUUCCAAAACUGCGUCCGCUCAAGGGCGAUUCUGUCCGUCAUGAAUAGACCCGGCUGCAGGGACGACGUGCACGCCACAAGGAUAGUCAACGAGGUAUGGGAAUCGUGCUUUGCCGACACCAGGCCCUUCGACGAGGUCUACAAAUAA